UGGAAACCCUGUGGGGCAGUUCUGCUGUGUCCUGUAGGGUCGCUCUGAGUUGGAAUUGACUCGACAGCAACUGGUUUGGUUUUGGUUAUAAUAACACUUAUGUCUAGAAAGUAUUGUUUUCCUCCUGCUUUAUAGAUAAAGAAGCUCUGGUUUGCCAAAAAUCAUUUACUAGUUGAUGACAUGCUCAGUGUCUAUAAAUUUAGUAUUACAUAUUCUGAAUUAAUAUAAUUUGUGAAGUCUGAAUUAAUGAAAUUUCCCAUUUUAUAUAAUCUCUGGUAGAAAUACAAAGCUUUGUGUUUAAAAUUUACAUACUAUUUUGCUCUCCCUUUACUGUUGGAAGUACUUCAUGUUGAUACAUUUUAGUCAUCACAUAAUUUGCAUUUUAAAUGCCUUUUAAAAAGUUCCAAAUGAAAAAUUAUCAUUUUCGAUGCUUAGCCCAUAUGGUCAAUAAGCAGACAAAAAACUUAAAAGUUCAGGUAACUUUUUUUUUUUUUGCUUAUGUGUAUCUUUAUUUAUCAUGUUCUUUAUUUAAUCUACUCCCAUUUAUUUCAAUAAUUCGGCAAACCUUUUAACACAGUUUUUCUGCUUCAACUCUAUUGACAGUUUGGUCUGGAUAAUUCUGUGUUGUGGGGGACUGUCCUGUGCAUUGUAGGCUGUUUGGCAGCAUCCUGGCUUCUAUCCACCAGAUGCCAGUAGCUUCCCUCAAGCUGUGACAACCAACAAUGUCUCUUGGGGGCACAAUUAUCCCUGGUUGAGAACCACUGUUUUAGAGCUUACUGUGUGCCAGGCUUGGGGAUAGGUACUGAAGAUAGUUUCAGGAAGUCCGUAAUACAGUGAGGGUAGAAAUAGCAUAAACAGAUCAUUGCAAAUCUGUAAGAUAAAUGUACUACUCAGCUGUACUAGCGAGAAUAGCGCUCAAGAAGCCUCAAAGGCUUGGGCUUGUCAGCUGUCUCAGAAUGUCUAAGGAGCAUUUAGUACAUACAACAUAGAAUGGUAGAAUGCAUAUUGGCAGGAAAUGAAGGCAAAAAGGUAGGCUUCAUUUUACAUAAAAUGAUAAACUCAAGACUAUUCUUGGAGUUUAUUUUACUAUAUGUUGUUGUUUACCAUUGAGUUGAUUCCAACUCAUGGUGACAGAAGUAUGCAGAAGCCUCUAUAGGGCUUUCAAGGCUGUCACCUUUUGGAAGCAGGUCUCCAGGACUGUCUUCCAAGGCGCAUCUGUAUGGGUUUGAAACGCCAGUCUUUUGGUUAGUAGUCUAGCUCUUAACCAUUUGCACCACUUGGGGGCCACUAUUUUACUAUAUAGUAGUGUUUAAGUUUGAUUGUUUCUUUAUAGUUAAAACAAAACAAUAAAACUGACCCUCACUUAGAAUUAGAAGGCCCAAGUUUAUACACUCACUGCUCCUUUUUAGUUCCUUGACAUUGUACAAGUUAGUUAAUCUCUCAGAGACUGUCUAGAUUUUUCAUACAUAGAAUUUGAGGGAAAGAUCAAGACUUGUGAGUAUUCAGUGACAGCAUAUGUAAAGUGCUUUAAAAAAAUACUUUAAAAAAACAUGAAAUAUUACCAAAAAGUUGGUAGUUUUUCUCUUAUAAGAAUAUAACUCUUCUUUGUUUUAUUUUUAGUGAUAUGUUAAGGGUACCUUUAAGAAGGGCCUUAGCAGGCCUUGCUAAGUCUCCUAAAGGAUGUGGUGAGUAUUUUUUUAGAUCUGCAUUUGUGGGCACUAGGCAUUAUAUCUUUGUAAAUCCCUAGGUCUAUAGAAUGCUUCUUAAAAGACCCUAAAACCAUAAUUAGUUUUAAGUAAAUAUAGAAACAAGUAAAGCAAGUUGAAUAGGAUAAUUUUCAAAAUACAACUUUACGUUAAGCAGUUUACAGAAAUUAUCAUGGGAAUAGAAAGUAGUAGGGACUGCCUAUCAGUGGGAAAAUGGAAAAGGCACAGUCAUUCUCCUUUUGAAAAGUGGUCUUCCCAUGAAGUGGUAUUAAAAAUUUCAAAUGAAACUACUAUUAAAAGUAGACAGCCAUAUCCUAUUUGAUAUUCAGUAUUGAAAAGCUUUUUCUAAUUCAGUAUUUUAAGUUUGCACUAAAGAACUAGAGGGGAAUAGUAUAAAAUAAAAAUCUUAAGCUCGUAGAUUUUAAGCAGUUAAAUUUUGUUAAGCUACUAUAAUAAAUUCAACUCUAUUAGUUUGUUUUCCACCUCAAUUUUUUCCCCCACCUUAAUAUUUUUGAUGGUUAGUUCGCACAACUUCCACAGCAGCAAGCAACUUGAUUGAAGUAUUUGUGGAUGGUCAGUCUGUCAUGGUGGAACCGGGAACUACCGUCCUCCAAAAUUGCUGAUAAAUGCUCAAAAAAGAACUGCUUGUGAAAAGGUUGGCAUACAGAUCCCUCGAUUCUGUUACCAUGAAAGAUUGUCUGUUGCUGGAAACUGCAGGAUGUGCCUUGUUGAAAUUGAGAAAGCUCCUAAGGUUGUAGCUGCUUGUGCCAUGCCUGUAAUGAAGGGUUGGAAUAUCCUGACCAACUCAGAGAAGUCUAGGAAAGCCAGAGAAGGUGUGAUGGAGUUCUUAUUAGCAAAUCAUCCACUGGACUGUCCUAUUUGUGACCAGGGAGGUGAAUGUGAUCUGCAGGACCAGUCCAUGAUGUUUGGAAGUGAUAGGAGCCGAUUUUUAGAGGGGAAACGUGCUGUAGAAGACAAGAACAUUGGGCCAUUGGUAAAGACCAUUAUGACUAGAUGUAUACAGUGUACUCGCUGCAUCAGGUUUGCUAGUGAGAUUGCAGGAGUAGAUGAUUUGGGAACAACAGGCAGAGGAAAUGAUAUGCAGGUUGGCACAUACAUUGAAAAGAUGUUCAUGUCUGAGCUGUCUGGGAAUAUCAUUGAUAUCUGCCCUGUAGGUGCCCUGACCUCCAAGCCCUAUGCCUUCACUGCCCGGCCUUGGGAAACAAGAAAGACAGAAUCCAUUGAUGUAAUGGAUGCAGUCGGAAGUAAUAUUGUGGUAAGCACAAGAACUGGAGAGGUGAUGAGGAUUUUGCCAAGGAUGCAUGAGGACAUUAAUGAAGAGUGGAUCUCUGAUAAAACUAGAUUUGCCUAUGAUGGGCUAAAACGUCAAAGACUUACCAAGCCAAUGGUCAGAAACGAAAAGGGGCUUUUAACCUAUACCUCCUGGGAAGAUGCACUCUCUCGUGUAGCUGGAAAGUUGCAGAGUUUUCAAGGCAAGGAUGUAGCAGCAAUUGCAGGUGGUUUUGUGGAUGCUGAAGCCCUAGUAGCUCUCAAAGAUUUGCUUAAUAGAGUGGACUCUGACACCUUAUGCACUGAAGAGGUCUUCCCCACCGCAGGAGCUGGCACGGAUUUACGUUCCAAUUAUCUUCUUAAUACUACAAUUGCUGGUGUGGAAGAGGCAGAUGUUGUCCUUCUGGUUGGUACAAAUCCACGUUUUGAGGCACCCCUAUUUAAUGCUAGAAUUCGAAAGAGCUGGCUUCAUAAUGACUUAAAAGUGGUCCUUAUAGGCAGUCCCGUGGAUCUGACUUACACAUAUGACCACCUGGGAGACUCUCCCCACAUUCUUCAAGACAUUGCUUCAGAGAAGCAUCCAUUCAUCCAGGUCCUAAAGGAAGCUAAAAAACCAAUGGUGGUUUUAGGCAGUUCUGCACUUCAGAGAAAUGAUGGAGCAGCAAUCCUUGCAGCUGUUUCCAGCAUUGCACAAAAGAUUCGGACAAGCAGUGGUGUUGCUGGUGAUUGGAAAGUUAUGAAUAUUCUUCACAGGAUUGCAAGCCAAGUAGCUGCUUUGGACCUUGGCUAUAAACCUGGGGUGGAAGCAGUUCGAAAGAACCCUCCCAAAGUGCUGUUUCUCCUAGGAGCAGAUGGAGGUUGUAUUACUCGACAGGAUUUGCCAAAGGAUUGUUUCAUUAUUUAUCAAGGACAUCAUGGUGAUGUGGGAGCUCCUAUAGCUGAUGUUAUUCUCCCAGGAGCUGCUUAUACAGAGAAGUCUGCUACUUAUGUCAAUACCGAGGGCAGAGCUCAGCAGACUAAAGUAGCUGUGACACCACCUGGUUUGGCAAGAGAAGACUGGAAAAUUAUAAGAGCCCUCUCGGAGAUUGCUGGUAUAACUCUUCCGUAUGAUACUUUGGAUCAAGUGAGGAACAGAUUGGAAGAAGUUUCUCCUAAUCUUGUUCGAUAUGAUGAUGUUGAAGGAGCCAACUACUUCCAGCAAGCAAAUGAGCUCUCGAAGCUAGUGAAUCAGCAGCUGCUUGCUGAUCCACUUGUCCCACCUCAGCUAACGAUAAGAGACUUCUACAUGACAGAUUCAAUUAGCAGAGCCUCACAGACAAUGGCCAAGUGUGUCAAAGCUGUAACAGAGGGUGCCCAGGCAGUAGAGGAACCAUCCAUCUGCUGAAACAUCUACUAGAAACCCAGUUUUGCUCCAGAUAAUUAAUGAACAAUUAUGUUGGAGUGAUCCCUUAGAGGUUAAUCUCUUUAAUGAAGAAAAAUCUGAAUGAUGUAGUAUUUAAGGUUACACCAUGCUUAUUUGAUAAUGAUACUGUAUUUAUCAAAGAACUUUAGGGUUUCAAAAGCGUUAACAUAUUGUGUGUGUACAUUGUUAAAUAGUUUAUUAAAAGUGUAUACAGAUGUUCUUUCAUGUAAGAGCAAUGAUAAUCUUUGUGACAAAUAUAACGAAAAUCCUUAAA